CACACACACUCACACACUCACAGAGGACUGAAGUGCGUCUGCUCAGAGCCCCAGAGGAAGAGGGAAGCAGUGAGCAGCUGGAGUUUCUCUACGGCUCCUACAGCUCACCAAUGGCUCAGUCGGCGAGCAGCAUGGACUCGGAUCUGGCCAGCAAGCGGCUCCACUCGAGGAUGGAGGCAUCUUGUCUGGAGCUGGCGCUGGAGGGAGAAAGACUGUGUAAAGCAGGAGAUUUUAAAGGUGGUACAGCGUUCUUUGAAGCUGCUGUUCAGGUGGGAACAGAAGAUCUCAAGACCCUCAGUGCCAUUUACAGCCAGCUGGGCAACGCUUACUUCUACCUGAAGGAGUACGGCAAAGCCCUGGAGUACCAUCGGCACGACCUCACGCUCGCUCGGACGAUCGGAGACCGGAUUGGGGAAGGGAAAGCCAGCGGAAAUCUGGGAAACACUCUGAAGGUUUUGGGCCGCUAUGAUGAAGCAGCUGUGUGCUGUCAGAGACACCUGGACAUUUCUCAAGAACAAGGAGAUAAGGUCGGCGAGGCCAGGGCUCUGUAUAACAUGGGGAACGUGUUUCACGCCAAAGGUAAGCAGCAGCUCUGGGGCGUCUCACAGGAUCCCGGAGAGCUUCCUCCUGAUGUCAGAGACACACUGCAGCGAGCCACGGCCUUCUAUGAGAUGAAUCUGUCUCUGGUGAAGGAGUUGGGAGACCGAGCUGCACAAGGAAGAGCCUUCGGUAACCUUGGCAACACUCAUUACCUGCUGGGUAAUUUUGUCGAGGCCAUCAAGUUCCACAGAGAGCGUCUCUCCAUUGCAAAGGAAUUUGGCGACAAGGCCGCUGAGCGCAGAGCAUACAGUAACCUAGGCAACGCUCUCAUUUUCCUGGGCCAGUUCAAUGCAGCCACAGAGUAUUACAGGAAAACUCUGCAGCUCUCUCGGCAGCUGAAGGAUCAGGUGAUGGAAGCUCAGGCGUGUUACAGUCUGGGAAACACAUACACACUGCUACAGGAGUAUGAACGUGCCAUAGAAUAUCACCUCAAACACCUGCUCAUUGCUCAGGAGCUCAACGACAGGGUCGGGGAGGGCCGGGCCUGCUGGAGUCUGGGUAACGCUUACGUGUCGUUGGGAAAGCACCGUCAGGCUCUGCAUCAUGCCCGGAAACACCUGGAAAUCUCCAGAGAGAUCGGAGACAGGAACGGAGAGCUGACGGCCAGGAUGAAUGUGGAGGAGCUGAUGGAGGCUCUAGGGGUGAAGGAUGCGGAUCUCUCUCCGUCUGAAUCUGAGUUUAAAGUGCAGGGAGCCAGACCCAAGUUCACCAAGAAAGCCAGCAUGGAGAGUGUGGACCUGUGGAAAUACAGCUCUGAAAAGAAUGGAGAUGCUCCGGAUGUUGAUGGUAUUUCGAGGAGGUCGAGGAACCAGCUGUCUCAGUCUAGCAGAAGCAAAAGUUACGCAGAAAGUCAGUCAUCAGAUGAGAGACACUGGCUCGACUCACCUGUGGACACGGAUGACAUCACUGUCCAUGUCACACCUGCAAAACUGGCUCGUGACGCGUCAGAUGAGGAUUGCUUCUUUGACCUGUUGAGUAAGUUUCAGAGCAGCCGUAUGGAUGAUCAGCGCUGUCAGCUGGACGAGCCGCCCAAUGGAGAGAACGCCGGAGGAGCAGAUAAAAAUAAACUCAAUGACAUGAUCGAUGCCAACCUGUUGACGUCUCCUCAAACGGAAGAGCUCUUCGAUUUGAUCGCCAGCUCUCAGAGCCGCCGUCUGGACGAUCAGAGGGUGAGCGUCAGUAACCUGCCCGGACUCAGAAUCACCCACAAUAACCUGGGCCACCUGUGUGGAGAGAAUGACCCGCAGGAGCCCAGCGACGACUUCUUCAACAUGCUCAUCAAAUGUCAGUCGUCCAGGAUAGAUGACCAGCGCUGCUCUCCUCCUGAAGGGGGUCCGCGGGCCCCAACCGUCCCAGACGAGGAUUUCUUCAGCCUAAUCCAGAGAGUUCAGGCCAAGCGAAUGGACGAGCAGCGUGUGCAUCUCCCAUCUGACGAACAGGAGCUGGAUGAAGAUGAGAGUGAGCCAGGAGCUGCAGACUCCUGAAAAAAAAAAAAAACGGGGCCAAAUAACACACGCAACGAGGACCGAAUGAGAUAGAACGUUUGAUGGGGAGUGUUUUAGAUUGACUCUUUCAUGAGAUGAAAAAAUGUGCACAAAGAGACACAUGUGAGACAUGAAAACACAAGUGCCAUCUCAGUAUACGGUGCAGAUUUAUGCCUCCUGUGCUUUACAGCCAAUGAUCCAUGACAUUUGAUAGAGUUUAUACUGACUGGAGGAACAGAUACUUGAGACGCAACUCUCUGGGCGAAUUCACAUUUGCAAACACUGCCUACAAUGUUUCAGCACCUAAUUAACAAAAUUAAUUCAUUUAACAAAUCAGGUGCAAACACUGCAAAAAAUAAAAAGUAGUUUGGUCUUCUGUUUUUUAGCAAAAUAUCUAAACAGCAGGAGAGCUGAUGUACUUUACAGAGACUGCACAGCAUCCAAAUGCCUGAAGCGGCUCUUUAAAAGAAAAAAAAAAAAAAAAUGUCUGGAUCUGAAAGUACAGUCAGUUAUUAUAACCUCCUUCUCCAAUUGAUUUUUUUUAUGCAUUUAGCAGACACUUUAUAACCAGAGUGACUUACAACACAACGAAGGAACAAAAGCAAGAGACAUUAUCUAUAAAUUAAAAUAAUAGUUCACCCAGAAAGGAAUAUUUGCUGUUAAUUUACUCACUCUCAGGCUAUCCAAGAUGUAAAUACUUUUAGCUGAAACCGUGGUGAUUCAUAAAAUGCAAUUCAGCGACUGCCCAUCUUUGAGAAUAAAAAAAAGCAUAUCAGGCAACACAAAAUGAAUACCCGUGGCUCUUGACAAUAUUUUGAGGUCUUAUGAAGCAAAACGAUCCGGUCUGUGCAAGAAACUGAACAUUAAAUAUAACAUUAUCACCUGUAAUCCACAGCCUCAGACAAAUGAUCCGGUGUGAUGUCUGGUUCGUGGACGAAUCAUUCUUCUGAACCUGAUCUUUUCAGUGAACUAUCUGAACCAGUUCUCCAAAUCGAACUAAAACAGUUUGUGACUCGAGCAGCACAGAUCUACUCACUUUCAGACAUCUGACAGUCAUAGCGGCGUAUCUGAUCCUAUGAUGAAUUAAGUGAUUCAGCGCUCCAGUUCUUCCAACACUCACUGAACUGAGGAAACAGUUCGACUUGCACCGAUGAGCCGCUGAUAUGCGGAUGCGUGAAAUGAGCACUUGAAUGAAGGGGCCCAAAUUAAAGUUUUUAUGGUUUCUAAUGGUUUAUAUGAGCCGAUGAAGUCUAGUUUAUUCAUUUUUUAAUGCUUUAGACACGUAAAACAUCCAUUGUCUGAAAGAACCAGUUCGCAGAAAAGAAUGUUCAAAAAUUUUAAUCUGAAUCACAAUGAUCUGGAUUUGGAAAUCCCAUGUUUUGCUAUCCAGGAUCAGGUAACCCGUCUUACUUUUGUGCCGGUUUUUCAAAGCAAAAUUGGAUUGGAUCACCCUGAUCCAGAUACAAACUUUUUCAGAUUUCCAAAUAUGGACAACUAGUGUCCCACAGAGCCCCUAACAGGACAUGGUGAUGGAAAAAAAAAAGAGAUGGGGGAAUGCAAUAUUUUGCAUUCUAGAUUUGCAUUACAUUCACACAAAUAACUACUUCUGACUGGACCAUCUCUGAUGAUUUUGCCAAUGUAGUGUGUUUGAUAAUGACAGCUUAAUUAAUGUGUUUGAUAAUGACAGCUUUUUGGGGAUUUGGGGAUAUAUUACAUGUUACAAACGUAGUAUUUUUUGGACCAGUUUUAAAGUUUUAUUACAUUUUUGUUCUUGAAAUCCACCCUUCUGCUGGGAUCAAAAUGAUCCCAGUCUUACUAAAAAGUUUUGAACAACACAAACUGAGGAUUUAAUCUAGAUCAAAACCAAGAUUGGAUUUUGUGAUCUAAUCCGAAUUCAGAAUCCUUUUUUUCUUUUGAACAACCCAUUUUCAUUGAUUUGAGCCAAUCUGAUGGCCACAAUCUGAUCAGAUUACUUUUGAACAACUGGCCCCAAUUUUUCUGCUUGCCUGAAGCUUUGGAUUACAUGUAAUAAUGUCGUAAAUAAUGUUCAGUUUUGAUUGUUUCACUUGAAUAAGACCUCAAUAUAAUCAUCGGGAGCCACAGGUAUUAAUUUUGUGUUGUCUGAUAUGCUGUUUUUGACUCUCAAAGUGACGGUAGCCAUUGACUUGCAUUUUAUGAAUAAUUGUGGUUUCAGCUAAAAAUCGUCUUUACUGUUCUGGUCAAGAAAUAACGUCACCUACAUCUUGGAUGGCCUAAAAAUACAUUUUGGUGUUUGGGUGAACUAUGUCUGCUUUGUCCAGGCAGUAAUAAAGCAGUGUUAGCUAAUUGUAUUGAGCAAAUGCUGCUGACCUUUGAAUCUGAUGGAUUCUAUAAUAAGCCUCAUAUCAGCACCAGGUUAAGUUGGACGGAGGGUAGAUAAUGCGAUGUGGUGCUGGUGUUUAGUGAAUUCGCCCUGUUGUUUCCUAUGCCAGACUUUCAGAUCAAGCUUCUCAUUGUCACGUGUUUCUCGUCUAUUGCCUUAAUUAGACCUGCAGACUCUGAUUGUAUUCUUUGAUAUCGUGUUUUCUGAGCUUAUCAGCAGUAUUUGGUCCGUGUCCAUUGACAGUAUUCCCAGUGUCGCGCAGCUGCCGCUGUAUCUUUCACCUUCUUAAUCGCAAGUGCAUUUUGUUUCAGCUUUAAUCAUUUAGCUGCUGAUAGCACUGUAAAAAAUUCAAGACAUUAGGGCUGCUCUACAUUCCUCUGUUUCUUUUGAAUUGAAGAUGCUGUUGUAACUCCACAGAUGUAUUUAUUGAAAGUGUUGAGAAAUCUGUAAAAACAAGCAAACAAAAAUAGAGACUGUGAAAAGACUUUUUAAGUGUUGUUAAUUGUGCGAAAGUAUGUGAAUGUGCAUAAAAGCUAAUUUAAGUUUGCACUUUCAUGCUUCACAGCGCUUUGACUGAAUUGACCAAAACAGCUUUUAGUUUCUGAAUCAAAGAAGUGAUUAGUGAGUUUUCCAUAAUUGGCUCCGGAUCACUGAAUUGUGCAGUUCAGACAUCGACUGAGUUGCUUUAGUUGGUCAAUAUUUUAGUCAUUUGUGGCUGACUGAAGAGCAGAGUAAUGGCUCAUUGAUGGCAUUUUCAUGUAGAAGCAUUAAAAAGUAAUUUUGAAAUGUAAAUCCUCAGUAUUUUGGAAGUAGAGCAAUUUUAGUAAGUUUUGAGCAUUUUUUAAAAAAAAAAUUUUAUUUGAGCAAUUAUUAUAUUGGAGGGAAUGAAUAUAUUUCAAGUCAAUCCACUGCCAUCUUGUGGUAAAAGAAAAUAAGCAAAUGCCUCAAAAAUGUUUGAUUUUUUUUUGUUAACUGGAGAAAGUGUUAUGGAUUAUGUAUCAUUCCUAAAUAUUUAUGAAGUUACUUUUAUUUUAAGAAGCUAAACAACUAUUCAUAUUGAUGAAUAUGUUUCUGACUGAUGCAUGAUGCUUGUAACUAACUCUCAUUUCUAAUAUUAUUUUAUCUUACUACAGUGACCAAACCAUCAGCUCACUGACUGAAAUGAAUAAAAUAUGGGAAGUAUGUACUAGAUUCAUAAAGAUGUGAUGAUGAGGUUAAGUAUGGAGCUGUAUUAGUAAAUUAUAUAUAUAUAUAUAUAUAUAUAUAUAUAUAUAUAUAUAUAUAUAUACACACAGUAUAUAUGUAUUAUUUGUCAUGGUUUAACUGAAAUUACUGAAACUAACUGAGACUACAUUUUGUAGUCCAUUUGAGUUAACUAUUUUCUCCCUGUAUUAUGAUUUGCCUUCCACGUGCUGUAAUAAUAUGGUGUGAAUGAGUCUGAAAGCCUUUGAAAAGCCACUGCCCCCAAUGUACAUAAUUGUUUUAUAUUUAUUUUCUGUUCAUGAACAUGGAAAUUAAUCCCUUGCUUUUAAUAAAAUGUCGAUGAACUUGAUAUUAACCUUUCAUCUUCAUAAGCAGAGAAACAGGCAUGAGGCACUUUUGGCUCUGUCGACUGAAACUCUCUUAAAACACAUUUUAAACACAUUAAAGCACACAUCACUCUC